AGGAGCGCACGGCUGUAUCACAUCAGGAUAACGCGCAACGGUAGAUGAUGAAUGAAUUAUACUCAGUGUUAAUAGAUGAUAGUGUGCUUAACUUCCUCCACAUGUAGGAGAUCUGUCUAUAAAGGAACCACAUCUCUUGUCUUAUCUUUCGUGUAGUUAGAGCCGCGCGUAAAAUUGGGUUAAAGAUGGUGACAAGCGCCUUGGCAACGAUAACGAUCCUCGUGUCGUGGGGCUACUGCGUGUUGGCCACGCGGGUCGCCUUCUCCAACUUCUCAGUGGACAGCGAGGUGCGCUCCAGCUUCAUCCAGCGGCGCCUGAGGAACCAGGAGCGCAGAGAGAUGCAGCGGGAGAUCCUCUCCAUCCUGGGGCUGCCGCACCGUCCGCGGCCUCACCUUCACACCAAACGCAACGCUGCGCCUAUGUUUAUGCUGGACCUGUAUAACACCAUCUCCACGGACACGGAGCCGUACGGAUACUCGCAUUACAAGACAGUUUUACCCACGCAGACGUCUUCGGUGGUGACACCGCAGGACAGCCGCUUCCUGGAUAACGCGGACACGGUGAUGAGCUUUGUCAGCCUCAUUGAUCGCGAUCAGGAUCUUCUGUUCCAUCAGCACACGAGAGAGUUUCGGUUUGACCUUUCCCGUAUUCCAGAGGGAGAAGCAAUCACAGCAGCAGAGUUCAGGAUUUACAAGGACUUCAUUCAGGAGCGCAAUGAAAAUGAAACUUUCAAAGUCACAGUCUACCAGGUCCUGCAGGAGCCUCCAAAAAGUGAAGUGGAGCUGCUGCUGCUGGACCAGCGAGAAGUUUGGGCUUCAGAAGAAGGUUGGCUGGUGUUUGAUCUGACCAUGACCAGUAACCUCUGGCUGAUCGAUCCUGAACAGAACCUCGGCCUUCAUCUGGUACUGGAGGACAGCAAUGGCCAGAAGAGAAACCCCCGGAUGGCUGGACUGGCGACAGGCAAUGGGCCUCAGGACAAGCAGCCCUUCCUGGUCGUGUUCUUUAAAGCCAACGGUGUACGACUCCGUAGCGUCCGCUCAGCUCACGGUCACAAGGGGCGGCAGUCGAACCGAUCCAAACCUCAGAGGACUGUCCAGGAUGCACUGAAGGCAGUUGAGGCUGCAACAGAAAACCUCGGCAUCUCCAAAGAGGGAUGUAAUAAGCAUGAGCUGUACGUCAGCUUCAGAGAUUUAGGAUGGCAGGACUGGAUCAUAGCACCAGAGGGCUAUGCAGCGUAUUACUGUGAGGGAGAGUGUGCCUUCCCUCUCAACUCAUAUAUGAAUGCCACCAAUCACGCUAUUGUGCAAACUCUGGUGCACUUUAUUAACCCGGAGACGGUACCCAAACCCUGCUGCGCCCCCACACAGCUCCACGGCAUCUCGGUGCUCUACUUUGAUGACAGCUCCAAUGUCAUCCUCAAAAAAUACCGCAACAUGGUGGUCAGAGCCUGUGGCUGUCACUGACUGCUCGUACCCUCUUCUGUGAGUUCUGCAAAUCUGGAGCGAUGCUGAGGGAACCCAGACGUGGAGCAAGCAGAGACAAGAGAUGAUUGACUGGCUGGUCACCAGGGAGCUGUGGCCUCAGAGCAAGCUUUAAUCUGGGGAUCUGUUUUUAUGACAAGCAGCUGAGCCGGUCUAAACCACUACCACAGCCCCAUUCCAACUACUGCUCACAGAGAAAAGCAGAACAAAGGAUUUUAUUAUUUUUCCUUUUAAUAUGACAAGAAAAAGUGCACUGAAAAGACUUUGAGCAGUUAUUUUUCAAGCUCAAACUUUUAUUUCUAAAAGCAUCAUGUUAAAAACUGUCCCUGUUUGCAGUCAUCAUAUCAUGUGCAGCACAUAUCUGCAUUUGGAUACUGUUUGAGAUGAGAAUAUAAAAUAUUGCCUGUGUGGUAAUGUGCAUUUGAUUGCAGAUUUCACAGCUCGUAAAACUUUAGAGCUCCAUAUUCUCAUUGAACCACUGCACCUUGGCUCUUGGAACAGCUGGAUGUACUUGAGUCCUGAUGAGGAGAAAAAGGAAAAAUCUCCAGCAAAACUCACUGGUGUUGAACUAGUGUUCAGCUGGACAGAUGGACCAGGUCAGCAGUGAGACAUCUGGCAGCUGAUGUGAGGCUCAGUGAAGAAUAACAGCAAUUCAGAACAGUGUGUAGCACACACUGUUGAGCCUGUAGUUCUCUGGUGCAGACAUAUUUCACCACCCUGUCAAAGGCUUAAAGCCGGAGAGAUGUCAGCAUUUCAUCUCCACGAGGUGGACAUUAGGACGUGCACAAUCACCCCUGAUGCAGCUGCCUUCUGGUGUCGGACCAGAGCUGCAGGUGGGCAAACAGUGGCUGUAAUUUUAUUUUGUCACAUUAAAGAAGCAGAAUAAAUGGCAACUAUCAACUAAGAA